UGUAUUUUACUUUAAAACAAGUAAUUGCAAUUGUUGUUUAUUUAGUUGAAAAAGAUUAAACGCGAUGUAUUUUUUAUGGAUAAUCAUUUUGAUAAAAAUCACAAUGGGAAAAUGUCAAUAUAACAAUACUUCGAUAAUUGAACGGACUUCGAGCGAAAUAAAAUGUCCAGUACAAACUUUGAUAAAAAUUGAGAGUGCUACAUUCAGUCCAACUCUUUCAAACUGUCCAUAUUGUCAAAAUAAGAAUUUAAAAAAUUGUUCACAAAAUAUUACUGAAAUGGUUCAAAAUGUAUGUGACGGAAAAGCUAAUUGUGUUGUUCAAUCCACUGUAGAUCUAUAUGGUGAUCCAUGUAGUGGCUUCACAAAAUACGCCAACAUUUUCUACCAAUGUAAACCAGAGGGUGCUUGGUCCUCGUGGGGCAAUUGGUCUGUUUGUAAUGCUGCAUACGGUUUUGGAUUAAUGAACCGUUCAAGAGAUUGCAAUAUGUCAUAUUAUGCUUUACCAUGGUGUUCUGGUAUCAAAAAUGAAGUAAAAGACUGUUUUGUAAAUCUAACAAAUGCAGCUUUGAUAAUUGAAUGGUCAUUAAAGGAAAUAAUAUGUCCAGUUCAAACUUUGAUAAAAAUUGAGGAUGCUACAUUCAGUCCGGUUCUUACAAACUGUGCUUACUGUCAAAAUAAAAAUGUGCAAAACUGUUCACAAAACAUUACUGGAAUUGUUCAAAAAAAGUGUGACAGGAACAAUUAUUGUGUUAUUCAAUCCAAUGUAAACUUAUAUGGCGACCCGUGUGUGGGGUUUACUAAAUACACUAAUGUUUUGUACUUUUGUUAUUCAGAAGAUUUUAGCGAAGAACUUUGGAAUGUUUCUAAUAUAGUCACACUUAAUGGAUAUCUUUUAAAGAUGAACUUGCAAAUUUAUGCUGUAAUAAAAUCUUUGUUAAACGUUCACUUGGAAUUUGAGUAUUUUUUUCCACCAUUUAUUACUUUCACAGCUGAAAGUGUUAUUCAAAGCUUUGUAAGGACUAACGCUAAUCGAAUGAAAUACUAUUUCAACGGAAGUAUCAAUUCUUUUAAACCAUUCAGUUAUAGUUUUAAUGCUACUAUCGUUUGUUCUAAGUGUCCUUUGCCUGGUCUAUUUAUAUUAGACAUCCCUUUAAAAGUUUCAACUCAAGUGGAGGCUGGUAGUCGUAUAACAUUAUUUAAAACCUUUAGAAAUGCUGUUGAGUGCUUCAGCAGUCUAAAAAUUCCUAUUGUUGCAGAUGUUCUAAACGAAAGUUACGGUCGUGGAAUUUAUUGGAAUGCUGAAAAUUCUUGUAUAUAUGUAUGCAUGAACCAGCAUGUGCCAAGUGCAAAAGUAGCGUGUUUUUUUUCACGUGACGAAGGCAGAUUUUGGUCAGUCGUUAGUCUACUCAACAUUAAUCAACCGCUAUCAAUAACGCUACCGACGACGCUAUUGACUACGCUAAUCUGCUUAAUAUCGAAAAACAAACAUAUCUAAGUAACAUUUUCAGUCAAGAAUUAGGGUUGGGUCUGACAACAAGAUUCUUACAAACUUUAUUGAAUAAACCAAAUACUUUUACAACUUCCAGUUUUUUAAAGCUAUUGUUGACUUAUAAAAGAAAGUAUUGGUUAAAUACUUUGAUCUAAAAACUGAAUAGCGCAUCUCUAAUAUCAAUAAAAACUGAAUAGCGCAUCUCUAAUAUCAAAAAUGAAGCUAAUUUUGUCAUAUUGGAACGUCCCAAAACACUAAACGGAAUUUGAAAACUCAGAGAUAGCGCUUAAAGAUUUGUUUAUUUUGUGCCUUUGACUUCUUAAAUAUUUAUUCAACCAACCCAGCUAGCACACUUACAUUGGGCCAACGUAUGUAAAACCAACGCGAACGUCGGCCCUUUUUUCCAACGUUGAUCCAAUGUCAUUUGGUUUAUGAUAAAAUUAUUACCAACGAAACUAAAAAUAUCUGACCAAUUUACAUUGGCCCAAUGUAUGUAAAAACAUAUCAAACCACAAUCAACUCAAACAUGAUUUUUGUUCCGAUGAUCAAGCGUAUUCGAUCUUAACAAUUUAUAUAUUAACUGUACAUGAUAAUAUAUGUAUUUAUUAUUAUUAUUAUUUUAUUUAUUUAACACCCAAUUUACAAA